UUUCACCAAAAAAAAUAACCAAAAGUUUUUAAAAUGCUUAAUGACUUAGUUUAUAUAUUAUUGAUUUUUAAUGUUUUUGUCUACGAAGUCUCUUCUCACGGGUACAUGUUAACGCCCGUUAAUAGAGCUUCCCGAUGGAGACUAAAUACGUCUGAUACAUCAAUACUACGAAAUUAUGAUGAUAACGCUUAUUAUUGCGGAGGAUAUGGGGUUCAAUACAAUACAAAUGGCGGUAAAUGUGGCCCUUGCGGUGACAAUUGGCUUGAUCCUACCCCAAGAAGCAACGAAAAUACCGGUACAUAUGGGAACGGUGUAGUAGUUGCUACUUAUAAAUCGGGAAGCAUUAUAAAGACCAAUAUUAGAAUUACAACUAAUCAUUUAGGAAAGAUAUCUUAUCAAUUAUGUAAAUUAAAUAAUACCUUAUUGCCGGAAACAGAAGAAUGUUUUCAAACAUUGACAUUAUUAAAUGGCGAAACUCACCAGAUAAUUAACAAAUACGACUAUAAUGUAACCAGUUACGUUCAGUUGCCUGACUAUUUGAUAUGCGAUAGAUGUGUUCUCAGAUGGCACUAUUCUGCUGGCAACAAUUGGGGUUCUUGUGGAAACGGAACUUCUGCCGUUGGUUGUGGACCCCAAGAAACUUUUCGGUCGUGCGCGGAUAUUAGAAUUCUUCCCAGUUUCUUUUGGUUUUUUAGACCUUUUAGAGUUUGAUUUUUAUAGAGGAAUUAGUUAAGUCAUUAAAAUGUAAGAUGCACUUUUGCGAUUUUUUAUUUUUAUAAGAAAAAUAAAUAAAGUCCUCUUGGCUA